ACAGUCCUUCCAGAGUUUUCAACAGUCCAUAUGCGACGCUGUCGUUGGAUUAUCCCAUCAACAGAAUGACAGAUUUUAAGACACAGGAAGUGAUGUCACCUGGCGUCUCUGAGGUGAACCUCUUUGGUCUGAACCGAAGUCCCGUUGCGAGUCCCGCGCUCAAUCAGCGCUCGCGCAUCGGCUACGACAGUCUGACGCGCAGACGAGACAAGGCCACGCCGGGUCAACUCAUGAUGCAGAACAACCAGCCGAACAAGCGCGACUUCGUGCAGGAGUUGACCAAUCAGCUGGACGACUGCCGCAGGAGGAACCAGUUUCUGGAAGCGGAGAGCAUCGAGCUGGAGAAGGAGAGGACUCAGAUCCGCUUCGAGAUGCGAGGACUUCUGGUGAACAAUGAAGAUCUCCUGCGGACCAACACACAGAUGCAGGGAGAGACCAACCGGCUGAGAGAGAGGAUCGUGGAGUUGGAGAGCAACAACAACGUGAUGCAGGAGCGCUUCAAAAAGAUGGAGAACGAGCUGAAGGAGGCACGUGAGGUGAUGGUGGAAGCAAACACUCAAGAAUACGCCUUCAACUUUCUGCAACAGACGCUCAAGAACAAAAUACAAGACACAGAGGAAGCUCUGGAGAAACAAACGCAACACGCUCAGUGUGUGUCUGAGAAGCUGUGGCUCACUGAACGCAGUCUGGAGGAGCUGGAGCUCGAGAAGGAGAACAAGACCAAGAAAGCUCUAGAACUCGGCAAUACUGUUUUCAGACUGGAGACCGAGCUGUCAGACUCUCUUCAGGAGGCUCUCCAGGCGCGGACGGAGCUGAGUUUGCAGCAGAAGCUUCGGGCCGAGGCUGAGGUGAGAGUGGAGGAGCUGGAGGAGAGUGUGUUGGAGAAAGACCAGGAGAUGCUGAGACUCACACAGAUCGUCUGCAGACUGCAGGGAGAGGUGACAGAUAAGCUGAGCUAUAAGGAGCAGACUCUAGAGGAGGAGAUUCAGCUGCGUGAGCGAGCGCAGCUUCAGUGCAAACAGGCCGAGCGAGCGCUGGAGGAUCUGCGGAUGGAGAUGCAGACGCUCAGCCAGAGCAGAGACGACCUCUCCAAACAGCUCAAACUAGCACAGGAGAAGAUCAUCGAUCUGGAAGCCGAUCUGGAGGAGCUUCACGAGAACGACCAACGAUGGGUGUCCAAACACAAGAGAGCUCUGGAUCAGUCUGAGCAACUGCAGAUGAAGCUCAUCCAGGAGAAAGAUCUCAACGAGCAGCUGGAGUGUGAGAAGGCCAUCCUGGAGAGACAGCUGCGAGAUCUGCGCAGUGAGAUGGAGGAACUGCAGAACAACAGAGUCGAGGUCGAUUCCGUCACUAGAGCCGAGAUCAAAGCCAAAGAGCUAGAGAACACACUGCGUGCGGAGGAGAGGAAUAAAGUGGUCAUGAGCAACACCAUCAGCAAACUGGAGAGGAAGAUCCACGAGCUGACGGAGCAGGUGGAGGAGGAGAACAAGAUCUCCACUGAGCAGAGGGAGCUGAUGACUCAGCGGAUGCGUGUGUUGAAGAGGCAGCUGAACGAGGUCGAGGAAGAGGCGAGUCGACGGGACGUUCAACACCGACACACACAGAGAGAACUGAUGGAGGAGAGAGAGGCCAACAGCCGACUGCAGAGACAACUGCUGGACCAACAGCUGACCAACAAGAGGAAAGAGUCGAGACAAACUCUAGAAAGCCUGAAACUGAACUUCGAUGAAGAUGAAGAUGAGGAAGAGCAACAGGCCGAGUCCAAACUCACAGAGAAGCAGAUCUCACAGGUCUGAGCUCAUAAACACAAACUAUAUCCAAACCUGCCAAAACCAAAUCAAUCUGGAUC